AUGGCCCAAGAGAUCAACAAUGCCAUGAGGCCCUCUUUAGAGGAAAUCGAACAAAUGAAAAACAUAUUGUUAAUUGAGGAAUUUGAACCGAAUGGCGAGCAACACGGUCUUUUAAGAAUAAGGCAACGCGUUGGGCAGGGUUAUGAAGAGAGAAAAGUGAUCGUGCCUCAUGGUGCACCGUCAGCCUUAGCUCCUCUUGUUGAUCAGCGAAUUGAAGUCGCUGACGAAGUUGAUGCUGAGAAUGAUGGUAACCAAGUCGCUGGUGCUGAUGCUGGUGCUGAUGCUGGUGCUGAUGCUGCAGGCGACCCACACUUGGAAGCACCAGAGGCUCGUUUAGGACGGCAAGUUGUCCAGUUAUUGAAGAAAGUCAAUGGCCAUAUUCGAGUUCACGAUGCAGAGAGGAUUCAAACAUAUAAGAUCAGAACUCAAAGGUUAGCGGAUGAAGUGAGGUACGCCAAGCAAACGAGAAAUGGUUUCAGGAACAAAUUGAGAAUAGGUUUGCCAUAUUUGUUCCUCUUCUUCAUUGCAUUAAUUGCCGUUUUGUAUUUAGUAACCCCCCGCUACUAA